AUGUCGUUCACAUUCCAGGUGCAGAAGAUCAAUCAAUCUUUUGAUCAGAUUGCAGCAUGGUACCAUGAGUUCAUGCGCAGGACAGAACUGUGCUUUCGGAAGUUGCACGAACGCGUCCUUCUACUGGAACAGAGACAAGCCGUACAGGGACCCACAGAUGAGCAGGUUGAGCGCGUGCUGCGCAAGAUUCUGGAUGAGAGGUUUUCAGACCUGGGCUCGCAUCAUGUAAGGAAACUCGAUGCUGUGCAGGACCCCAGUUGGUUCGUCAAAGAUCCAAGAGAUAUCCCCUAUCCCAGGUCAAUCAAGAUGGAUGUCGCUUCACUCAUCAUUCCUCCGGACGCUGUUCCCUCGAAGGCAUACUCAGAAACUUUCCGGAUGCUAGAGAGUGGACUAAGAGGCUUUCCCGGUGACUACAUGCUCGACUCGGACGACGAACAAGACUGCAAGAUGAAUGUCGGCACAAGGGAUAGCCGUUCUUCUCGUAGUGUUUGA